CUCUCGAUAAAUCAAAUCCAUCAAUCAACGAAGAAAAGAUAAAGAAACGGAAGAGAGAGCACCAAGCCCUCGUGGGAGGAAGGGAAGACCGAGAGAGAGAGAGGAUGGGACAACAAGAACGAGACGAUGAAAGCACGGUAACGAGUGUGGCUGCUGACGAAGAGACAUGGAACCACCGAAAGCAGACCCGAAUAUUGGAACUUUCGACCAAGCUAAUCAAUGGAGAUCUCCAGACCCAAAUUGAAGCUGCCAGAGAUAUUCGGAAGGUUGUCAGGAAAUCCUCGGCAAAGACUCGCUCCAAGUUCGCUGCCGCCGGUGUUAUUCAGCCUCUCGUUGAAAUGCUACUUUCGCCUAACCUCGAUGCCCGCCAUGCCUCUCUCCUCGCUCUCCUCAAUCUUGCCGUUAGAAACGAACGAAACAAGGUCAACAUAGUGACAGCAGGUGCCAUCUCUCCACUUGUGGAGCUCCUCAAUUUCGAAAAUAGCAAUUUGAGAGAAUUAGCCGCUGCAGCAAUAUUAACACUCUCUGCUGCAGCACCAAAUAAACCAACCAUCGCGGCUUCUGGGGCUGCCCCUCUUCUGCUUCAGAUUCUCAUAUCUGGAAGCGUUCAAGGAAAGGUUGAUGCUGUGACGGCCCUACAUAAUCUCUCUACUGGUGUAGAGGAUUCAAAUUUAAUUCUUGAUGCUAGAGCAGUUCCCCCUCUAAUGGAGCUCCUUAAAGAAUGCAAGAAAUAUUCCAAGUUUGCUGAAAAAGCUACAGCGCUACUUGAAAUCCUUUCCCACUCUGAAGAAGGGCGAAUUGCAAUUACAAACUCGGAUGGUGGGAUGUUAACACUCGUAGAAACUGUUGAAGAUGGAUCACUCAUCAGCAUGGAACAUGCAGUUGGAGCUUUGCUCACUUUAUGCAGGAGCUGCCGAGACAAGUAUCGACAACUCAUUCUCAAAGAAGGUGCAAUACCUGGCCUUCUUCGACUGACAGUAGAGGGUACUUUUGAAGCUCAAGAAAGAGCACGUACACUCUUAGACUUGCUUAGAGAUACUCCACAGGAGAAGAUAAUCGCGUCCUCAGUUUUGGAGAAGAUUGUUUAUGAUAAAGUUGAUCUAGUCAAUGGAACCGACAAAGCUGCUGAAACUGCGAGGAGAUUACUACAAGACAUGGUUAAAAGAAGCAUGGAGGUCAGCAUGAACCGCAUUCAGCUCAGGGCUGCAUCUUCGACGACACCUUCCAAAAUUCCAUCCUCAUGAGGUAUCCUUUUUCUCCCUCACGAUGGUAUUCAAAAGGGUGAAUAAAAAUGGUGAAAUUCUGAAUCAAGGCUCAGUACUACUGCAGAUCAACAAUGGAGGUCUCAUCAUGGCUGUUUUGUACAUCUUGCCAUCUUGGCCUGACCUUGAAUCAUGUAUGUAUAGAAAAAUGUGUGUCUGUACAUUUAGUCUAAUGACAAGUUGGAAGUUGUAGGAAAAGAAAUACUAAUUUAAAGUUGCAAAUUCCAGCAAUACUGUGAGGAGCUUCAGGUUGGAAGCUAAUUUGUAACCCCUACCCCUUGACGUAUUACCUAAACAAUGUUGCUUAGGCUUUA